AAUGUUGCCGGUAACAUAAACUUUCUUUUUAAAUAGUAAAAAAAAAUUGAAAAUCAAUUUAUAGGAAAAAAGGAUAUGUAAAUAAUUUUCAGAAAUCUGAUUCUAUUCCCAAUAUUCUUCUCUUAUUCAACAAUAUAUUAAAAUAUAUUUCGUUAUUUUAGGUCUAUACGUACAGGUAAAAUAUUAAUAAAUGAAGGUCAGAUUAUAUAUGCAAAAUUACCACCUGAUGCUCAUCGAAGACGUAUUCUUGUAACAUAUCCUGUUGUAACAACUGGUUCAACAGUUUCAGCUGGUAUUAAACUAUUACUUACAGAAUAUUUAUGUGAACAAUCAGAUAUUAUUCUAAUAACAUUAUUUUCAACAUCUGAUGGUGUUAAAAGAAUUUGUGAGUCUUAUCCAAAAGUAAAAAUUGUUGUCUCAGAAAUUAAUGAACAAACACCAAUUCAUUUUGGUCAAAAAUAUUUCGGUAGUACUGAUUAA